AAAAUUGAUGAAUUGGUGAAUUGAUUAGGCACCAAAAGUUGGUAGUUGCACCAGAUCCCUCUCUCACAGUGACUGCAAUUUUCUUCCAAUUCUUCUUUUAAUAGCCAAUAGCUCACUCUCUUCACCUAACCCCGGACCCAUUCUCUUAUAUUUUCCACUUCCUUCAUUCCCAUCAAACCCAUUUUUGAAAACCAUGGAUUUUUUGCAGACCCCUGAAAAUCAGAUACUUGUGGGUGUCGUCGUCGCUGUUGUAGCCAUUGGGGUUGGUGCUGUCUAUCUCUUUUCUUCUAAGAAGUCCAAAGCUUGCUUGCACCCAGAGGAGUUCAAGGAGUUCAAACUUGUCAAGCGAGCACAGCUAAGCCAUAAUGUUGCAAAGUUCACUUUUGCACUCCCAACACCUACUUCUGUUUUGGGUCUUCCAAUUGGACAACACAUAAGUUGCAGGGGUAAAGAUGGUCAAGGUGAUGAUGUUACCAAACCAUAUACUCCUACAACUUUGGAUUCUGAUGUUGGACACUUUGAACUAGUUAUCAAGAUGUACCCACAAGGAAGGAUGUCACACCAUUUCCGCGAGAUGCGUGUUGGUGACUUUCUUGCUGUAAAAGGACCAAAGGGACGUUUCAAGUACCAACCGGGUGAGGUUAGAGCAUUUGGGAUGCUUGCUGGAGGGUCUGGAAUCACUCCAAUGUUCCAAGUUGCUAGAGCAAUAUUAGAAAAUCCAAAUGACAAAACCAAGGUGCAUCUUAUCUAUGCCAAUGUUACAUCUGAGGACAUUCUUUUGAAGGAAGAACUUGAUGGUCUUGCUACCAACUAUCCGGAUCAAUUCAAAAUAUACUAUGUGUUAAAUCAGCCUCCGGAAGAAUGGAAUGGUGGUGUCGGAUUUGUAUCAAAGGAGAUGAUUGAAACUCAUUGCCCUCCUCCAGCACAAGAUGUUAAGAUAUUGAGAUGUGGGCCACCACCAAUGAACAAGGCAAUGGCUGCUCACCUAGAAGCCCUUGGAUAUGCUCCUGAGAUGCAGUUCCAGUUCUGAUUCUUUUCAUUUGGGUGCUUCAACAUUGCAUUUCACGGUCUUAGCUGUUUAAGAAACUGAUAGCAUUUUUGUUUUCGUUAAGAAUCUUGGAAACAUUAGAUCUACAACGCAUUUAUUAGUUUCACAACUUUGUUGAAUUUUGAAGUCUGAAAUAAUUGCAUCUCAUAUGAAAAUGAGAUAUUGGGAUUGAUACAUUGACCAUGUGCUAGAAAAGCACAUAAUACUAUGAAUUUAAACUAUCUAUGCAUCGCCUCAUGGCCAUGGGAACUAGUGAACUUUUAUGGGUUCACAGUCUCCUUAAACAUGGGAACGCCUCACGAUCAAUAAAAGCAUUUUUUAAACAA